GACCGGUUCCGCCGGAAGUCCCUCGGGCGAGCGGCCGGGAGGAGGGAGACGCGCGAAAGGGACGGGGGAGAAAACUGAAACCAAGAAAGAAAACAAAAGGAUCGAGAUUAUUGUCGAGUCUCCAGGGAGACCCCGGGGGUCCAGGAGGAUAAGGGACGAGGCGGCCAUGGACGGCCCUCCCGAGGUGACCGAGAUGUACGACCAGGCGCUGCUGGGCAUCCUGCAGCAUGUCGGCAAGAUCGAGAACUUUCUGGAAGUUUUCUUCGGCUUCCUGUAUAGGAAGACCGACUUUUUCCGAGUGAUGGCGGUGAAGGAGGACAGGCUGGGGUUCCCACCCGGAGUGGCCGAGAAGCUGGCCCUGAGGGCUUUCAAAAAGUUUGAACAUUAUUCUAUUCAAGAUAAUGAGAGACGGCUGAAAGAACUGGAGCGGAAACUGAAGAGCAGGAAUGUGGAAGAGGACAAACCAUGUGUUCCACUUCCUGGCCAGGAGGUCGAGGUUGAGUCAACAGCAGAGGAACAACCUGAAGCAGAAGCAAGAGAGUCGGACGAACAGAACACCAAGCGCACGCAGAAUGAUGAUCAAAAGAUGCCUGCAGGUUUACAGCAACCCACCAUGAGUGAUCCACCGCAAGAGGGCGCUGCUGCUGCACCAGUUGCGAAAAAGGAGCACUCUGAGCCGAUCAAGAAAUGUGAUGAAAAUUCUGACAGUUACAAUGGAGCUGUGAGGGACAACUACACUUGGUCCCAGGAUUACACUGACCUGGAAGUGAAGGUGCCAGUGUCCAAGGCAAUUGUAAAAGGAAGACAGGUUUCUGUUGACAUACAAAGCAACAGUCUGCGUGUAGCUGUAUUGGAAGGAGGUUGUGAGCGAGUCAUUGUGGAUGGAAAGCUGACACAUAAGAUCAAUACAGAAAACUCUAUGUGGAGCUUAGAACCUGGACGCUGCAUCUUGAUAAACCUGAAUAAAAAUGGUGAAUAUUGGUGGAAUGCAAUUCUUGAAGGUGAAGAGACGAUCGACAUAGACAAGAUAAACAAAGAGCGGUCAAUGGCAACAGUGGAUGAGGAGGAACAUGCAGUUUUGGACAGACUAACUUUCGAUUAUCAUCAGAAAAUGCAGGGCAAACCACAGAGCCAUGAAACGAAAGUGCACGAGAUGUUGAAGAAGGGCUGGGAUGCUGAAGGUUCGCCGUUUAAAGGACAGACGUUUGAUCCCUCUCUGUUUAACAUUUCUCCUGGAGCAGUGCAGUUCUAAAUUCCUUGCCAACACUAUUGAUGUACAGAAGGCACUGCAUCGGGCCCCAAACACCACGGAAGAUCAAUACAAUCAUGGAUUGCACUCUUCUCUUGAGAAACAAGAAACUUUCUCGGAGCUUCAAGUGAAGUCAUUUGCAAAGCAUCGGCUGCCAAGUCUCUAUCGCAGACAAUGUAUUUAUUUCUAGUCAUUCUUAUUCCUGUUCAUCUUUGCAUAAUUUUGAUUUUGCUGAGAAGUUAUUUGCUGUCUGAAGUUAUUUUGGGCAAUUUCUCCAAGUAUAGUGGUUUAGAAUGCUUUCCGGUGAGUAGUGAGAUUAGUGUUUGAUACUGUUCUUAUCCUUUGUGUGAAAGCACUGAUAUUUAUAUUCCACUCAUGGUUUUGAAAUUAAAUGAUAAAAAGAUUUGUGAGCAGACAUUAGAGUGAUCUAGUCGAUCUUAAUUUGUAUUUGUGUGGUUUAGAAGAACUUGUUUUUUGCAAGAACUUUUGACAGAAAUGGAGUGUUUUUGUCUGGUUUUGGCCGAGUGGUGCUCGAUUUAGUGUAAUAAUGUCAUAUAAGGAGGUUAAAUCAGCUGUAAUUAAAGUCAUGACCCCUUGAUAAGAUAAAAAUGUUACUGAAAUUUUGAUUUGUUGUCUCUGAGCCAGUUUACUUCAAGGAGGAAGCAGGCCACAGAGUUCACGUAAAGAUGUGUGAUUUAGUUUCCACAGGUGAGCAGCAACCAUUUGAAUUAACCUGACUAAUAAUUAAAAUCCAAGGAAUACGAGCAGUUAUAGAAUCAUGGAGCCAUACAGCAUCGAAACGGAUCCUUUGGUCCAUCCAGUCCAUGCCAGCCAUGUUCCCAAAUUAACCUAGUCCCAGUUGCCUGUGCUUAGCCCAAAUCCCUCCCAACCUUUCCUAUUUGUGUACUUAGCUAGUGUCCUUUCCAUGUUGACUGUGUACCCACAUUGACCACUUGGACUGGCAGUUCGUUCCACUGAUGAACCACACAGUGUUUAAAAAAAAAAAAAAGAGCUGCCCCUUGUGUUCUUUUUAAUUCCUUCUC